AUGGAAAGCAGCACAGCAGCAGAAACCGACCAAACUCCAACCGGGACAAGGCAAGAGGAGUUAAAAGCAGAAACGCACCAAACUCAAGAACCACCUGCGAAAAAACCAAAGAAGAUGUCAGGAUCCAAAACAGCCACCACGGCAGGGAAAGGAGCAGCGAAGAAGAUUGUUACGCGGGCAAAAUCCAAGAUUCCAGAAAAAUACAAAGAGUCCGGACAGGACGACCGGGACAACAUCCAGGAAACCUUAGGAAACAAUUGGAUGGAGAUUGUUAGGCCCGUCAGAGAUCCAGGCACGGAAGAUUUUGCGACCGCCAAGAAAGCCUGCAAGGGAAGACUGACUUCAGCCACAAACCCUGUCGCAGCGAAAGGACAUCCAAAAGCCCAGCGAUCCCUCCAGACAAGGAUCCUUGAGAUGUUCAAUAAGGCGGAAGAAGCCGCGGAAUCAGGCGAUCAUUCCAAGGCCAGGAUCCUCCUAAAGAUCUGUGAAGGUCUAUCCCAAGUCGCCACUGGUCCUACUGGAGUCGCCAACCCCCCUAGCAACGACUCGAACGGAACGAGCUCAGUCCAAAAAGUCGGAUUUUUGAGUGUGAUCCCAGCAAAAAAGCUCAAUUCAACCGUCAAUGACGCUAAUGAUUGA